AAAAUCCUCAUAAAGAGAGAGCUAGGGCUUACUCUUUCAGCCCCCUCCUCUCAACCUCCAUUUCUCUUUUGCUUCUCCUUUGUUUUCAUAUAUACAAAGAGAUGACUUUAAUGGCGGAUCAUCAUUCCUGGGCAGUUGCAUUUGGAGUCUUGGGCAACAUCAUCUCAAUCCUUGUAUACCUGGCUCCAGUACCAACAUUCUACAGAAUAUACAAAAAGAAAUCAACCGAGAGUUUCCAAUCACUCCCAUACCAGGUAGCAUUGUUCAGCUCCAUGCUAUGGCUUUACUACGCCUUGAUGAAAAAGGGUGCUUUCCUGCUCAUCACCAUCAACUCCUUUGGAUGUGUUGUAGAGACUAUAUACAUAUCUAUGUUCAUAGCUUAUGCAACCACGAACAGCAGGGCAUCCGCUAUAAAACUUUUUGUUUCCCUCAACGUUGGUCUCUUCUCAUUGAUUCUGAUUCUCACACACUUCCUGGCGAAAGGUGAAGUUCGUGUGCAGGUUCUUGGUUGGAUGUGCGUUGCUUUCUCUAUAUCUGUAUUUGCAGCCCCCUUAAGCAUUGUGGCACGAGUGAUUCGAACAAAGAGCGUUGAGUUCAUGCCUUUCAACCUGUCGUUUUUCCUAACAAUAAGUGCUGUAAUGUGGUUUGCUUAUGGACUAUUCAUGAAGGACCUCUGUGUAGCUCUUCCGAAUGUGGCGGGCUUCGUCUUGGGGAUGCUCCAGAUGCUGCUUUAUGCAAUUUAUCGAAACAACGGAGAUGCUGUAGAGGAUAAGCUACCGGAGCAGAUGAAAGGUGAUGUUGUGCUCAGCACAUUAUGCCCCUCCGAAGUUUAUCCAGUAGCUGUAGACAUUAAACCAGAUGUUACCACCAAAGAAGAUAAGACAGAUUGUGAAGAGACAGGGGACGCCGGCAAAAAAGAUGUGAAAAGCUUGGAAGGUUCCGACGAAUGCCCUGUUUGAUUUAAGCACUAGGAUGUAGGUACAACCAGUUCAUGAAUUUGUUGCGACUUCUUAUGCCUCAUUUCUUUUAAAACCCCAGCACAAAUGAACCAAGAAUGUCUCCAUCCUUGUUUUUAUUUAUAUCUUUGACGCCAUUGAUACAGAGUACGUAGUUAUUGUUUUUCGGAAUUCCACAAGGCCACUUUCAUGGACA